AUGGCUGAAAGAUUCGUUCCUGUUAUCUCUCUCAAAGAUUUCGAUGAACGCAAAGAGGAAAUUAUUUCUCAGCUACUCAAUGCAGCUGAGUACGCUGGAUUCUUUACCUUGGUAGACCACGGUAUCUCAAAGGAGGAGAUUGAAGCCCAGUUUGCCAUUUCAAAGGCUUUCUUUGACCUCCCUCCCGAGGACAAAGCUAAGACACCUCAUGACCCCAAAACUAAUAACGGAUGGGAGUACAAGGCUCAAUUGCGCGCCAGUACUGGCACCUACGACCAGAAAGAAUCCCUCUGGCUGCAACGGAAUUCCGAAUGGCCAAGCGAUGGGGAUGUUCCUAAUUUUAGGGACUCCACGACUCAAUUUAUGAGUAAAUGUGCUGGCAUCUCGGACCAAGUGUUGUCUUGUUUUGCCAUCGCCCUCGGAUUCGGAGAGAAUUAUUUUAGGAUCGCGAACGAUCCCACUCAAGCCGACUGCUUGACGCAGCUCCGCUUGAUUCAUUAUCCCGCAUCUGAAAAUGCCGUCGGCACCUGGAGAGCGGGAAGCCAUACCGAUAUCGGCUGUCUCACUCUUUUGUUCCAGCGAGACGGAGAGGAUGGACUUGAAAUUUGCCCAGGCAGAGAAAGUCAUUCUAGCUUUGCUAGCGGCGAUGUCUUCACGCCCCUUCCUGCCGAGACCGGACCCAUUGUUGUCAAUAUCGGUGAUAUGCUCAUGGCUUGGUCGGAUGAUCGCUUGAAGUCCAACUAUCACCGAGUGCGCGCCAAGGACGUUGGGAAGUCACCAUCUCGAUACUCAAUUGCCUAUUUCAACCAAGCUAGGCGUGAUAUUUCACUCCAGGGCCCAUUGAAGAAAUACCCCCCGAUGACCGUGGUGUAUGUGGGAGAAACGUCUUCACGCUCCUUUCUUCAUUUUUUGAGAAGAACGACAAAGGGCUACAUUGGAUCGGUUCCCUUCACUGAUGAGGAGCGACAUCAUGUCGCCAUUGAACCAGAGUCAUCUACUUUGGACAUGAAUCCCGCACAUCCAUCGCCAGAAGAGGCAUACCUGCUCCUCAGUUCUUAUCUUGAGGCGACCAGUGGCGUCUUGGACCUGUUCACUCCAGACGAGCUGGACAGGCUUAUGGCGGAAAGAUCAUCAGAGAAUGCCACAGUUCACUAUUUUUCGAAAGUCGACCUUGAACCGGCUUUCAACCUUGCUCUCGCAAUCGGUGCUCAGGCGCGAGGCCGGCCCGAAGAUGUGCAACUUUCAAAGGCUUAUUUUCUUCGCGCCCGCGAAAUCGCUUUUGAAGGCAUGCUCAUGUCGCAGAACCUCAACACAGUACGGCAUUUUGUGCUUUUGGCUUUUUACACCCUCGGUGCUUGUAACAGAAAUGCAGCAUCGAUGUUUCUCACCAUUGCAGCAAAGGCUGCUGUUAUUCUAGGUCUUCACAGCUCGGAAAAUGACAGUGACCUUCCCGAAGAAGAUCAGUCCACCAGUGGGGAUGAUCAGAAUGCCCAGUCUCUAUUUACAGCCAUGGCAAAAGCAUGCAUUCUUCUUGAAGAGAUCGUCGAUACGCUUGGCAAAAGUAAUAAUAUUCUUCACGUACCCACUGCCGAAGGUGUACUUGAAAGACUCCGCCAAUGGAGCCGGGGCUUGCCUCAGAACAUACGACGGUUUCCGCAUCCCUCCGCAAACGGUCGACCCCUUGAUGCCGAGAAUCGCCGAGUGCUUCUUGGCAGCAUACAUGUCUCAUGUGUGUAUUAUUUUGCAGUGAUACUGAUCACUCGACCAUUCCUUGUCGCGUACCUGAUGUCCAGACUUCGCGGCAAAGCUCCUGAUCACCUAAUCAGUGACCCCGAAGAAGCAUCGGAUAUCAAUAUCAAAAAUAAUAAAGUAUCCAGGUUAGCUCAAGUCUGCGUCGGCUCGGCUAUCACCAUGGUUGAAACGUGUGUGAAAGCCAAAGCUUUGAACUUUACUUUUGGGAACCUCUGUCUUAUUGAAGCAUGGAUAUUUGGCGCAGGUCUAGUCCUUGGAUUUUCAAUGUUCGCGGCGGAGCUACGAAAAGAUAUCGAGGCAGCUUUCGCAGAUGCACACGAUAUUCUUGGCGACAUCGCUUUAGCAAGCCCUCAAGCUCAACUAUAUCAUAAUAUGCUUACUGACUUCGCCGAGGCUAUUGCCAAAUACCGGCAACGCGUGUCGGAUGAAACGCAUUACACCGUCCAGCACUACAUGGAUCGGAUUCUGAUUUUUGAGCCACCAACCGAUGGGAAUGCCCCUGGUCCACCAGAUGACUAUGAGAGUGGUCGGAAUGUUGAUGAAACAUGGGGAUUCUCGCUAGCUAAUCCUACUCAGGCGAAUCCGUUUGUGUUUCCAAUGGGCCUCACAGCAGCUAAUGCUGCAGAUGAAAUGUUGCGAGAUCAGCAUGAUGGUUGGCUUGAUGGUAGCAUUCAUUUUCCGGAGUUCUUUGUACCUGAGCUUGAGCCUUUUGAUCAGCUAUUUUAUACCGUCGAGUAA